GUGUUUCACGCGGCCAACCGAGCUGCAACCUCCGCCCGUCUGGCACUCCCACCCAGACAACCGCUUUCCCAGGAAAACUUGCACACCUGUUGGCUUAUACUCCUUACCCCCACCUAUCUACCCCCUCCUAUGGUAGAUUCUCUACUUGGGCACCAAUUGAUGGAUGGCCAGGCUGUCAUGCUCUCAGCCGUCUGUGGGGAGGGGGCUGCUGGACCCCGAGAGCGAGUGUUGUGCCACCGUGUAAACCAUUUUUCCCUCGAUCCGCAAAGGUGGACCUGCCUGCUCGCCAGGCGGAAAGGAACCCAUCGCGUGGGUAUAAUUGUCCGGCAGGUUUUGUAAAAUACGGUACUGUACUGAGCCCGAUGCGUUAUGCUAUGGACACAGUUGACAAACCGCCUUUGUAUCUAGACUUCUGGUGCACAUCAAUGUUUUCC